AUAAUUUGCGCUUCUCAGUAUCAAUUCGCAGUCAGUUCUAAUCGGAAGUAUAGUUUUGUAUUUUGUGAUAUUCUUUUUUGCAUUAGAAAAUGUUAGUCGCUGGAUCGCUUCUUUUAUUUAUCGCAAUAGCCAGCAGCGGCAUUGCUUUUGCUAACUUCGCUGAAUACAACACCGAUGAACUUUACUGUGACCCAGAACUGUGUCGGCUUUAUAAUGGGACACAUUUUGUGGUACACGAACAUAUUGGAUGUGAUAAUAAUGGAACUCUAAGUCCGUCAUGUGGAGAUGCCCCACAAUUGGUGGAAAUGAAUCAGCGGCGAAUCAAUCUGAUCCUUGACCUGCAUAAUGCAGCGCGAAAUCGUAUUGCGAUUGGCAAGUUGCCGGGUUAUAAGCCAGCAGCGGCAAUGCCAGUUGUUAAAUGGGAUAAUGAACUUGAAUUUUUGGCGGGCUUGAAUGUUCGAACGUGUCGGUUUAAACAUGACUCCUGCCGAAAUACAGAUCGUUUUACGCUGAGUGGUCAGAAUAUCGGUUAUAUAUGGCAAACACGUCCAAUUCGAUCAAUAUCGCGGCGUAUUAAAUUUAUUGUUGGUAAAUGGUUCUUUGAAUUCCCAGAUGCUGGUCAGGAUUAUAUUGAGUCGUAUAAAAAUCAUCCAAAAGGAAAACUCAUUGGACACUUCACCCAAAUGGUAUCGGAUAGGGUUCAAAGAGUUGGAUGUGCAGCAAUCCGAUAUACAGCUGAACCCCUUUUGGGAUAUAAAUUUUUAAUGACAUGCAAUUAUGAUUUUACAAAUAUAUCUCGACAAAGAGUUUAUGUUAGCGGAAAACCAGCAUCAAAUUGUACAAAUCGACCGUCUGGAAGAUAUCAAGGACUUUGUGAUUGGGAUGAAGACUAUCAAGAUAGUGAGGAGAGCGAUGAAAUUGGUGUUAAUUCAUUGGAUAUUCCAGUGUUAUUAUGAAAUAUAUAUAAAUAAAAUCUUGUUAAAAUAUGAAA